GGAGGCCUUAUUGAGUCCAUUUCUGCCGGGAGUCUACUCGACGACAAUCUAUGGCACGACGUGUUGAUCUCGCGAAGAGGUCGCGACGUACUGUUCAGCGUUGACCGCGUGUUAGUCCGACAUUUCCUCAAAAGUGAUUACAUGCGCCUUAAUCUCAAUCACGACCUCUUCAUCGGCGGUAUUCCCAUUAAAAUCGACGACCCGUUGAACACCAGACAGAACUUCAGCGGUUGUAUCGAGAAUUUGACCUUCAAUUCGACAAACAUCGCGUAUGAGAUCCAAAUGGACGACAGAAACUUCGUGUACGGAAAACUCGGGCAAAUCCAGUACUCGUGUCUCUUCCCACAAGUGGUUCCCAUAACGUUCAAUACGGGCGAGUCUUACAUCAAAGUGGAGGGAUUUAUGGUUCCCUUUAUGAACACCAGUUUCGACUUCAGGACAUUCAAUGAAGACGGACUUCUUCUGUACCACAAGUUCUCCAGCGCUGGCUUUGUUAUGCUAUUCCUAGAGAAGGGCAAAAUCAUAAUCAAGUUUCAGGGCUCGAACACACCUGUUGUCCAAUUAGAACCGUUUGACCCGAAACUGAACGAUGGUUUAUGGCAUUCAGUGGUAUUGGUUCUACAAAAAGACAAAAUCAUUUUGUCCAUCGAUCACAUCCCGAGCAUUACUACCCGUUCUUUCGAGAUGUUUACGGGACAGAUGUAUCUAAUCGGCGGCGGUUAUCACGGAAUGACCGGUUUUAUCGGUUGCAUGCGUUGGAUAUACAUCGAGGGCCGGUAUGUGAAUGUGGAGACACUGCCCGCCGACCGAGUGGUCAAACUACAAGACAGUGACAUAACCAUCAAAGCGUGUCAACUGAUAGACCGCUGCCAUCCGAACCCCUGCGAACACGGAGGCGUCUGCCGACAGGACAACAUCGACUUCUACUGUGACUGCGCUCUAACCGGCUAUUUGGGUGCCGUGUGUCACGUGGCCAGACAUCCGCUGUCCUGUUCUGCCUAUAAGAUAGACAAUCCUAAGUCCAGGAAAGCCGACGUUAUGCUAGAUGUGGACGGAAGCGGUCCGUUGGAGCCAUUCUGGGCCACGUGUCUGUUCCCCACCGAAGACCAGUCGCAGAUCAUUAUACAUCACCGCAACGAAGAGGCCACUGAAGUACGCGGCUAUCAUUUGCCCGAGUGGACGGAAGCGUCGCAGAUCAUUAUACAUCACCGCAACGAAGAGGCCACUGAAGUACGCGGCUAUCAUUUGCCCGGUUCUUACAUACAGGACAUCAAAUACGACGCGCCCUUCGAGCAGAUCGUCGAAGUCGUCAACCGAUCCAAUAGUUGUCAGCAGAAGUUGAAGUACGAGUGCCUUAACGCCAGACUACUCAAUACACCCGCUCCGUUGGGUAAGGAAUUGCAACCGUUCUCGUGGUGGGUGUCGAGGAAUAACCAGAAAAUGGAUUACUGGGGCGGAGGACUGCCCGGCUCUCGCAAAUGCCAGUGCGGUCUAUACGGCACGUGUAAAGACCCGCGAAAGUGGUGCAACUGUGACGCCGCUAAUGAACUGCUCACUCAGAACGAGUAUUACGUCGAUGAGGGAGACCUAACGCAACGCGAAUACCUACCGGUGCGGCAGUUGAGGUUCGGCGACACCGGCGGUACCGCCCAAUCGAGACGCGCCGGUCGUUACACAUUGGGUCCGUUGAUAUGCGAAGGCGACACACUUUUCGACGAUAUCAUUACAUUCCGAUACGAAGACGCGACCAUCGAGUUGUCCCCCUUUGACUUCGGCUCAGCCGUCGACAUAUACCUGCAGUUCAAGACCACCGCUGAAUACGGCGUUCUGUUCCACAAUAGAGGGCCCGAAGACUUCGUGAAGUUGUCGAUUGUUAACGGAAAGACCAUUCAGUUCUCGUAUUCUGCGGGCAAUGGCUUACAACAGGUCUCCGUUGAGGCCUCGUAUCGUCUGAACGAUAAUAACUGGCACUCAGUGUUAGUCGAGAAGAACAAGAAAGAGGCCCGACUUGUGAUCGACGGCCAACUGACUAACGAACAAAGGAUCACUGGAGGACUGGUCCGUCCAUUACACUUGACCUCUCAUUUCGUGAUCGGCGCCACCGCUGAGUACAGGGAAGGCUAUGUCGGGUGCCUUCGAUCGCUGCUCAUCAACGGCGAGGCCAUCAAUUUGGGCCGAUAUGCGAUGGAAGGCAUGUACGGCAUCACUAAGGGAUGUGUCGGCAAAUGCGAGUCCAAUCCCUGUCUAAACAACGGCACUUGUAUUGACCACUACAACGGCUAUACCUGCGACUGUCAGUGGACGGCAUUCAAGGGACCCAUUUGUGCGGAUGAGAUCGGUGUGAAUUUGCGGUCAGAUCUGUUUAUACGUUACGACUUCGAGACAUCCAUUUCGACGCUCGAAGAGUACAUUAGAGUUGGUUUCACGACUACAGAGCACAGGGGACUCAUUCUCGGCAUUUCCUCUUUUACAGACGAAUAUCUCAAUCUUCUCAUGUCUAACAGCGGUCACUUAAGACUUGUGUUUGAUUUUGGUUUCGAGAGACACGAGAUUAUCAUAAAAGAGGAGAACUUUGCUUUAGGACAACACCACGACAUCACUAUUCGCCGGUCCAAUAGAGGCGCGAAGAUUACCAUUUGGGUGGACAAUUAUGAGCCGAAGAUCUAUACGUUUGGAGUUCGGGGCAAAGCGGACGCUCAGUUCAAUCGACUGAAGAGUAUAUACAUCGGACGCAAUGAGACAAUGGAUACGGGAGACGGCUUUAUAGGGUGUAUAUCUCGAGUCACUUUCGACGAUCACUUCCCGCUCCGACGGCUAUAUCAGGAGAACAGACGCACAAACGUUCGCUCGUAUCCGGACGGCGCAGAGCUCUACGAAGACACCUGUGGUAUCGAACCCGCAACACAUCCGCCCGAACCAGCGGUAACCCGUCCACCGCCGACAUUAGCACCGGGAGAGCAAAUGCCAACCAUUCCGCAGACGGCGUCCACCGGCGCUAUCAUCGGUGGCGUUAUCGCAGCCAUUAUUGUGAUAAUCAUUUUGGGUCUGUUCGCGAGCGGACGGUUCGUCGCCCGACAGAAAGGCGAUUACGUGACCCACGAAGACAAGGGGGCGCAACACGCCUUAGACCCCGACACCGCUGUCGUCAAAGGCAAGACCGGACCCGAUGUCACCAAAAAGAAAGAGUACUUCAUCUGAGAAACGCGACGCAUCUCUACGUCUUUCUGUCUGUUUUUUAAAGAUUGCAUUUUAAACACGUUUACAAGACUUGUAUAUUUAACGGCUAUAUAUUGUUAGAUCUGUUUUUAAAAUCUCUGUUUUAAUCUGUUUUUAUGUUUUUAACUCUUUUUGUAUCUCAACGACAAAAUCACAUGACAUUAACUUUUGAUAAGAUUUAUGCACUAUUUUUAUGCGACAAAUAUAUGUAUACAUUAUUAUAUAGAUUGAAGAAUAAGAUCAUUGAGUUUUGUAAUAAAAAUAUAAUUAUUAAAACAAAAGAAAAUA